CCACACUCGAUAUUCAUACCCACUCAAGCGGUGUGCACCCACCGCCUGUAGAAUUUAACAUUCAACCGCACUUCAAACUUUUGAAAAGGGUCAUGCCCCCCUGGCGACUGAAGAUUUUUCAACUUUAGACAUCCAUAGUCCAUGCUGCGAUUACUUUGUGGACUCGUUUGACUUGCUGGAUAAAAGUAUUCCAAAGUGCGCGCCGGUACCUGGAGUCAUCGCACUUUCAACUUUCAAUCGCUAGAUCGUAGGCCCACCACUACAAGCGUUUCAAUUCGCAUCCCAUGUCGGUGAUAGACCUUUACCAUGGACGUCUCUCUCCUUCUCAUUUGGCUGGCAUCCAUUCCCGUGGUGUUUUACAUCUUAGCUUUUUAUGUCUCACCACGACCCCAAGACGGCGAACCUUCCGUUGGCCUGUGGUUCCCCGUCAGAUACAUCUGGCUCCGGUGGGCCCUGUUUUGGUCCAGGCGCAAGUCCCUGCACCUGAACCGACGUGUCACAAGCUACGACAGAAUGGUGGCCAAGGCGAGAGAGAUGAGCCGACGGGAAUUCGGUGCGGUUGGAGCGCGCCAGACACACGGUUACACAUCGUUGUACAUCAACGGUUCCGACACUACCGGCGAUCACCGGAUUGUGGUCCGUGUAGUCCUGCGGCCUGACGGUCGACGUGAAGUCUGCUUCUUGCUGCGCGUCCGUGGCGUUGGAGAUCUGGUCCUGCCCAAACACCCGGCCUGCUUAUUUGACCGCGUCCCAGCCGAGGGGUUCGUCGGGGAGGGGCUCAAGUGCUCCGCGCUGGAACCGCUGAGGACGUGGCGGAUUAGUUACAAUGGACUCUGCCGUGUUGGAAUAGCGAGAGCGGUGGGAGGACACGAUGACCGGCCACUGGUUCACGUGCGAUGCACGUUUCUGUGGAGUGCUUUCACCUCUUACUUCGACUUCUCUACUGAUGUCCACCUUCGCUUGGCCGCAGAAAAUCUGGCAAAAGUGCCAAAGAGUGGAAUGGCAGAAUCUAUAUUUGGGGAUAAUCAACACCAGUAUCAUUAUGAGCAAUUUGGUAUGAUCCAUGGCGUGAUCCAGGUCAGAGGUCAAGACGAGAAGACAGUAGUCAUGCGCGGUGUGAAAUCGCAUUCCUCCGGAACACAGCAGGAAAAGGCCGAGCGACACAUCGUGAACCACAUAGUACUUGAGGAUGGGACUUGUCUACACGUCGGUGCAUAUUGUCAAGAGGACUCAAGUAUAUUCUCUGGUUACAUGACCAAGCCCAACGGGGCAAUAUUUCCAGCUGUGUCCGUGGAUCUGUCCGUUCGUAGACUGCUUGACAAGAACAACAACCAACUACCCAAGACCUUCUCAUUUAAUGUGCGGUUCGAAAACAGCUUCACCGUUAAGAUACAAGCCGAGAUAGGGGAGAGAAUGCACUUCGACGUGGAAAGAGAGCAGAAGUUGGCAGAGUGUGUGGCCCUGACUAGUUACCGGGCCAACGGCGUGGCUGGUCAGGGAGUCUGCCAAACGAUGAUCAGGUCAAACGAAAACUGCCGUACCUCUCCCCAAGACACUCUAAAACUCUAUAAGGAGCCAGAGAACCUUUCUGCAGAUGACUUAGCUGCCUGGGUUCUGCCGUUGGCGGCGUCCUCAUGUCGCGUUUCUUCGCUUACGGGGGGCAAGGGCUCACAACUUGCUAUGUUGAUUGAACUCACGAAACACAGGGAUGUCGAGUUUGAAGUUCCCAAUGGAUUUUGCCUUACGACGACAGCCUUCAACUGGCAUCUUCAGCUUCACGAGAAGUUGCAAACCGCCAUAAAGACAUUGAGCGAGGUGUCUUGUGGGAUACAAAAUGGGGACUUCAAGGCAUCAUGCGACAGCACUGUGGCGAUGUUCAGCGAAGCUGAGCUGGCAGACGACAUGAAGAUGGUAAUUUCCCACCAAUUUCGCGAGGUCCUGGGAAGUCCCAAGGAGGGUCAAUCGUAUGCCGUGAGGUCAUCGGCAGUGGGCGAAGAUACCCCUCAGAUGUCAGCGGCGGGACAGAUGGAGACCUACCUUGGCAUGGACUCCAUGGAUAAGAUUUUCAAGGCUGUGCAAAAGUGUUGGGCAUCACAGUUUUCAUUUCAGGCCGUCCAGUAUCGAAGACAGUACGGCCAACCUGUGGAAUCCUCCAUGGCGGUGGUUGUGCAAGAAAUAGUUCCCGCAGAAAGUGCAGGUGUGGUGUUCAGUCGAGAUCCCAUCACUGGAAACCCAGCACAAAUUGUCAUCAAUGCCAACUUUGGGCUCGGUGAGUCAGUGGUUGCCGGUGUGAGCGAAGCCGAUACCAUCACACUGACGGUGGACGACCAGAAGGGCUUAACGAUAAGCGAGAAGAAGAUAGGGAGGAAAGAAGAAGCGAUAUUCGUAGGAGACGGAGGAGGCACCAAAGUGACGUCACUGCCCUCGGCUGAGUCUGCCAGAUGUGCACUCUCAGAUGACACGUGUUUGAAGCUCGGCCGCAUUGCGCUCAUGUUGGAUGAGUAUUUCUGUGAUGCCAGGGAUAUUGAAUAUGCAAUGGUGGGAGAUUCAGUAUACCUUCUACAGGCACGUGCUAUAACAACGUUCGAUGUACCGGGCCGAUACGAGCUGCUACACGAGUUUGAUACCGGAAUGCCAACCGAUCGAGUCCUCAUCACUACAGGCAAUUUGCAGGAGAUGUGCCCUGGUAGCGUUACGCCACUGACAUUCACUCACUUCUUUUGGGAAUGCGAACUCAGUUUCCAGCUGGAACACAUUGGACUCGGUAGGCCUAUGAUUCUACCCAACUUCAGAACGGUCUACUCCUUCUAUAACCAGGCAUUCUUCAAUUUGACGGACCUGGUUUGCUUUGCAACACGAGCCAGCAUGUUCACAACGAAAGAGAUGGGACCUUCUAUAAGCGGCCAAGAAUUAGAAGACGAAGACCUCGAUGAAUCGACCAGGAUCAUAUCAGAUCACUGUCCUUUGCCCGGUUGGCGCUCUCACCUCAACACGCUCAAGAUCCUUAAGAAAAUGGGGGAAAGUCGACGUGGCCUGGACGCGUUAGUAGAAAGAGUUUUGCAGACUCUGACUAAGCACUGGACGACAGCGCAAGAGCAGUUUGAUGACAUCAUGGCGAAUAUGAACUCUGACAUUGCCCUGGGGACGACGUACCACCUGAAUGAAAGUACCAAGUCCUCAAUCAGCCGACGGGUCAUCAUUGAGAUUCUCAGCCGAGCAUCAAAGGAUAUAAAUGCGGAUGGUGCGGCCGCCAUGUUGCUCUCCUCGUGCCCAGGGGUCGUGAGUGCCGAUGUACCUCUUGCCAUUGAGAGAGUGGGCUUGGCCAUAGUUCACGAAGGGAUGGGCGACACUUUCCGAGAUAUGGCCCCAGAGCAGGCACUAGCUUGGAUCCAGUCUCCCUCCAGUGGGUCGGCCGGAACUGCCUUCGCUGACUUCUUGAAAGUCCAUGGACAUAGGUGCAUCAAGGAGAUUGAGAUGAGAGAAAAAUCCUGGGGGAUGGAACCAGUUCAAACUAUACCAAUUUUACAGGCUAUUUUAGCGUCUGGUUCCCUUUCAACGUCCACAAACAAGACAUAUCUGAGUGCCGAGGAGGCUGUCUCGCGACUCGAGGUUCCGCUUUCGAAGAUAGUAAGACUGCUAAUGAUCAAUUUACUCGUUCCCUGGGCCCGCAAGUCCGUCGCGAAAAGAGAAUUCAGCAAGUCUUUAAUUGUACGACUGAAUCACCACAAGAAGGAGGCUUACUGGAGACUUGCAAGACUCAUGGUCAAAGAGGGGCGCCUUCCUGACGAAGAUUUGUUGUUCUUUUUUACACCAACCGAGAUGGGUCGUUUACUAAAUAAUAGAUCACCCGCUCUAGUUUCGAGGGCUCUACGGAGGCGUCGUAUCUUGCCCGAGCAGAACCAGUUCAGGUUCCCGCUCAUCUUCAAUGGAAUACCGCAACCGAUUUCCGAAGAAGCAAAUUCAGACAAAGCUGAGAUACAAUUACAAGGUUUGCCCAUCAGUCCAGGGGUUGUAAAAAGCACAGCCAGGGUCGUCACAACUCUGCAGGAUGCGGCCAGCAUACAGCGAGGAGAUAUUCUAGUCACAAGAAUCACAGACAUUGGUUGGAGCCCAUACUUCCCUCUCAUUAAGGGUCUGGUGACAGAGAUAGGUGGAGUCAUGUCUCACGGUGCCGUUGUCGCUCGUGAGUACGGCCUGCCUUGCGUUGUCAAUGUCCAGCGGGCUACCGUUGUCUUCCAGUCAGGUGACGUUGUUCUCCUGGAUGGAGGCAAGGGGACCAUCUGUAAAAUACAGAGCGAUGAGGACUGAACGCGUCUUGUCAGGGAUGGAUGCCCUAUACAGUUGAUAAACGGAAUGAAUACCUUAGUAUAGAUUUCCCAGCUUUGAAGUUGGGGAGGAGGCCCGACUGUUGUUCCACGGCCAUAUUGGAUGAAUAUUUUCCUAUUAAUUUUUCCUCGGAUGUGCAUUGUCAGUGGUAAAUGAAUACCGCUUGUGAGAUGUUUGUCGGUUUGGAUUUUACUGUGAAACAAAAUUCUGAUUGUGCCUAAAUUUUACUCCUAGUACAUGUGAUUAUUGAAAGCAAUGAACAUGCAUAACGUUGAAAUUAUGAUUUAAAUCGCCAAUUUUUUUAAUGCACUUAUUCCGCGUUUAUACGUCAGCGCACACUGUUCAUAAAAUUUGAUUCGUAACAGCAGCGUAUUCAGUUUUGGUAUGGGGGCAGGGAUUCCAAAGCGAAUAUGGCUUCGGGCUUAUUCAACAUGAUGUUUGGGGAGCCAAAAAAACCAGAAGCCUUUCUCGAGGUCCCGGUAUCCUAGCUUUUAUUUCCUGACGUUGUUUUCUCAUGGCUUUGAUGCUAAUGUUAUACUGCUCGCUUAUUCUUUGUUUUUAAAUCCGUCGAGGGGGCAAGAUGCCUCCUGCCCCCCCCAGCUGUAUAGGCUACUUGGUUGUAAAAGUUUUUCUUCCAAUUUAAAAGAUUUUUUUGUAAUCUAAGCGCAAUAAACACAUGUGCUAGCUCAUUAAACUCGUAACAAAACUAUUCUAAAAUAAUGCACUAGUGUAUCUUAUAGUGCCAUUUCGUAGCGGAAGUUUUUAAGUUCACCGAUGUGAGACCAAAAUUUUAUUUUAUAUCGGGCAAGCAGACCACUGACCAUCUGCCUGACGAAUCAUUGGGAAAUUGUAGUUCGUGAUUUGAACAGCGUCACAAAAUCGGUAUGUUAAAAUAUCGAGCAAAUUGACGAAAAUAUAACGUGGUGUAUGAGCAGAAUACCUAAACUCUGUAAACCAUUUGGGAUACCAUGAAAACCAGUAUGCUUUCCGCUUACAAUAUUGUUUGGUUUCGCAAAUGAAGAACACAGUGUGUUCGUUGCACUUUUGAUUUUUGAUAUUUUCGUUGAAAAGUUGACGACCGAAUGGGAUAUGGCACAUGGGAUACGAUAUAACACCAAAUUGUAUUAUAAACUGGCAGUGAGCUCACGAGUACAGUGCGCGCCCAUGCACGCCUUCGGCCUUGGGAAAAAGGGCCUUCUUCUGGGUACUCACAGGCCAUAGGGGGCUAUUGAUGUGAGCAAGUGUCCAAAUUACAUGUAGGCCUAUGCCAGUCCACAUGUGUAUUAUAAUGUACCUUAAACUAAAAUGUAAAAUAAUUUUUUUUAGUGUUUUAUAAGUGAAGUGUUUUAAUUCAACUUCACAAGUAAUUAGCCAUUCAACAAGCAAUACAAUAAAUAAAGGAACGGUUUUUGUAGCCUCUUUAUAAUUUUGG